GCUCUAAUAAGAACGCGGCGAUUCGACGAUAAGAGCGCGCGCAGCGCCGCUGGGACAGGCCGUGCAUUCACUUAGUAUCGUAGAGUCGGGCUGCUGUGCCAUGCGGGGCAAGUUCCACAUACAAACAAGCAUUGUCACUCACAAAAUAAGAACAAGAUCAGCGAUAAGGAUGCCCGCCAUGGCUGUCACCAGUUUCGCAAGCGGCUGACGACAUGUGCGACCAGCUUUUCACGUUGUAUGGAGGCGGGUCCACCUUCGUCACACAUCAACGCUUAUCGAAACUGUGAACCGAACGACGUUAGCGGAGUCUUCGUUGGGUAACGAAGAAGGUUUAGAAGGUUCGUCGACGUUAUCCAGUGCGGACCGAUGCUUAAUGAUAAUACUCGUACACAUCUGAAACAACCAGCUUCCGACAUCUUCCACAGAAUGAGCUAACUAUACGAGAAGUAGUUUUAGAUCAAUGUAAGGAAAAGCCUAUUAAGAUCAAAUGAACAAAACAAUCAGUGCAAGGAUACGGAUACCGUGUUUGACUGUUUGUGUCUUGUGUAAAUGUGUGCAAUUGGGUAAAAGGCAAAGUUUCUGGAGCUUUAAGGAAAAAAAUUAAUGCAUCGAUCGCAAACUAUUACCAAAGUUUGAAGAAGCAAUCAAUGUACCGACAUCUGAUCCAGAUAGGCGAAAAAAAUCACGGUUAAUAGUUUUAGUUGUGACGGUGUGAUACUGACCCGCUAAUGACCAAUUGUUCAUCUAUUCUUGAUGGAAAUUCGCCAAUAGCCACCAUGUAAAUUCAACAGAGAUCAAGAUUCAGUCGCUUCGAUUGGAGUUCAGGACGGUGAUUUUAGAUGUUUGAUACAGACUUCGGUUACUCUAUACACUAUAUACGUUCGCAGUGCUCAGCGAGCUGGGCUAUCACCGCAGUGAGGUGCAAUCUCGAAAACUGUAUCUACUGCAAUGCGACUCCGUUUGUUACAAAUGUCGGACGCAUUUUUUUGCUAUUGUCUUCUGUCAGGUCUCCUGUUCGUGGCACAGGCCACAGCUCAACAAAAUGGGAUUCCCGAUAAUUUGCUCAUUUCGUCCCGUCGAAUUCGGCACUCACAUUUGCAUACGCACGGGCGUCGAGUGGAGCCGCGGGAGGUCAGGGCAAAACCCCUCGUCAACCCUAAGAAGGAUGCAGCUGAAGAUGGCCGCGAACAUCGAACGAAUAGGACCAGUAACGCACCAAUGUACGGCGAUGGCGGCAGCAGCAGUGACGCCAAAGACUACAGGACCGACGUCGCCACUAACAAUAGAGGUGGCGGCGGCGGCGGCAGCAGGAGCAGCAGCAGAGCUCACGACGUGAACAGCAGCGAUAGAGUGUAUCAGCGCAUCGAUGAGGGUAGCGAUAGUGAGCAGGGACACACGCCGUAUAGUGAACAUCGCAUCAAUGGCGGUAAGACCAUUUCGUUGUCGCUGAAUCAUCUCGAUGAACCGUCGAUGCAGUCGCAAUUUACCGUAGCGGGGCCAAGUUUGUCAGCGGUGACCCCUCCGGCCCUCCACGAGCAUGGAAUGGCGGACGAUCCCGCAGGCCAUGGCGCUGACCAUGGCAGCUUCAAUCAUACCAUACUAUUCGGAACACCGAUCUCUCCCGUGGGCCAUCAGGUUGCCUGGUGUCACGACGAAUCGACAGAUCACGAGCACGCGGGUGGCGUAUCCAUUGCGUCGAUUCGUUGGGAGUUCGUAUCUGUUCCGUUCAUGUUCACCGCCUUCGUUAUUUUGGCCGGACUUACCAAAAUCAUAUUCCAUCACGCAAACUUCCUGUCUUCAAUCAUUCCUGAAUCAUGCAUGCUCAUCGUGUUGGGAACACUGGUUGGUGGUAUCGCUCACAUCAGCAAUAAUGACACGCUCCCGGCAUUUUCACCAGACACGUUCUUUUUGUACCUGCUACCACCCAUUGUACUCGAGUCUUCGUACUCGCUAUACGACAACUCAUUUUUCUCAAACAUCGGAACGAUUCUUCUUUACGCCGUUAUGGGGACCUUGAUCAACGUGUUCACUAUCGGUCCUUCGUUGUUCGUCCUUGAUAAGCUUGGUUGGCUCGGCGGCCUUGACCUCGGCCUGCUCGAGUCACUCGUUUUCUCGUCGCUCAUAUCGGCUGUGGACCCUGUGGCUGUCCUGGCAAUCUUUCAAGAAGUCGGUGUCAAUAAAGUGCUCUACUUCCUUGUGUUCGGAGAGAGUUUACUCAACGAUGCUGUAACCGUGGUUGUGUACAACAUGAUGGUCUCAUUUCACGGAAGCGAGGUCACGCUACAAGCGAUUUUGACCGGAAUAGCCGCAUUCUUGUCUGUGUCGAUGGGGGCAGUUGCUAUCGGAGGCAUAUUUGGCUUUGUGACGGCCUUGGUCACUCUUUACACGAAUGAGGUGCGCGUGGUCGAACCUCUAGCUGUUAUUGGCCUCGCCUAUAUGGCCUAUUUGACAGCCGAGCUGGUACACUUCUCUGGGAUCAUCGCGAUUAUUUGUUGCGGCCUGAUUCAGGUUCAAUAUGCGAUGAACAAUAUUUCUCAGAAAAGUUAUACCACUGUGAAAUACUUCACGAAGAUGAUGAGCGCUGUGUGCGACACAAUCAUUUUUAUCUUUCUCGGGAUGGUCCUCGUCAACAAAAAACCUGAAUUUCGGAUCGAAUUCAUCGUCUGGACAACAAUUCUUUGCCUCGUCUUCCGAUUCAUGAGCGUGUUUGGCUUAACGUAUUGCGUGAACACAGCCGGACGAGUGCUAAAAAUUAACCUUGAAGAACAAUUCAUUAUGGCGUAUGGUGGCCUCCGAGGUGCUGUUUCAUUCUCCCUCGUUAUCAUGCUCUCACCCUGCAAAUUUCCGCACUACGAUAUUUUCGUCACCACAACCCUGUUCAUAAUCAUCUUUACUGUUUUUAUUCAGGGCGCCUCUGUGAAACCGCUAGUGAACCUGUUGAAGAUUCGACGCCAUCAGAGUCUCGGCGAUUCGCUGUUUACCGAAAUCAACAAAAAGCUGGUGGACAAUAUUAUGCUCGGCAUUGAAGAGGUUACCGGGAACAGAGGAGGUAACUAUUGGAAGGGAGUCCUGAGCAGCUUGGACGAGAAGUACCUCCGGCCGUUGCUGGUUCGAGAUAACGGUCACAACAGCCUAACUCGGAUAUACACCAAGGUCGUUCUGGCUGAUCAUUACGCACACCUCUACGGACCGGCAACGGCUUUGGAAGAAAAGCUUCCUUUGCACGUUCCACGAUCCCUCGGGGAGAAAGCACUUUCCCUGGCCGCGGAAGAUCAGAUCUCGAUGUCGGUACCCGAUGAAAAUGGACAGGAGGUAUCCACCUCCGAAGACGAGGAUCGCGUAUUACUUCGUCAUGAAGGUCGAAAGAAGUCAGUCACAGUCGCCGCUCACGCCAACGUCUCACCAAAACGUGUACGCUUCUCCCGGUUUGUGUUGAUGCCGAGACUCACCAUGAGCUGCAAUGACGACCCAACAAGGGCGGAACAAUUGCGCGCAGCCUCGAGAAGCCUCGACUCGGAAAUGUCGAAUAACAACCAUUCGAUGACAGCGUUCGGUAGUCCCACCAGAAUCGGAAGUGACGUAGGCGCACUAUCGUCGGACGAGAAGAGGCAGUACACAAUGGGACUAUGGCGUAAAGCGGUCGCUAGGGCCUCAUCACUCGAUUCCCGUCCGAAAACAGAUACUACCAAGCUGCUACUCAAAGCACUCAAUGAAAAUCCGUACCAUAAGUAUCACCACCGAUAUAAUCCGAACCUCGUUAACGACGAUAACCAGGAGCUGGCGGCUCACCUUCGAGCUCGCCGUUUGCGGGCCCGCCGUCUGACGAUGUACACUCUUGCUGGUGAUGUACCCUCGGAACCCGAGCAGACUGACCAGGAUUCGCUGCAUGGCAGCUCAGCCCUUCCGAUCCAGGGGUAUCAGCCCAUGUCGGGUGGGCAAAAAAACACUACCGAAAGCGAGUCUGAUACUGAAACAAAAGGUCGCCGAAGGACAUCGUCUCAGGGAGAGCGACGUCGUUCGCUUCGUCAACGACGGAAGAUCUCGACGCUGACGUUAGGCCAAGUGUCGCAUUUGGACAUUCUACGUGCGGCACAGCAAAGACGCAGCUCAUUGCUUAGCCGCCAAUCGGGAAGCCUAUCUGGGCCUCCGACAGCGGGCACGACCAUGCCAACAGGCCACGCUGCCUUUCACGCCGCCGUAGAAAAAACCGAUUCCGGAAAGGAAAGCGUUCAGUCAAGUAGACCACCCAGUUUGAGAUUGUCUCGCCAAAAGGCAAUCUCAUCCUCUCAGGAGGACGUGCUUGACACGCUACGGAGCCCACACGCCUCCGGGUCCGCAUGUGCUACUGUAGCUUCAGCAAGCAGCAGCAGUGGCGGCGGCGACGGCGACGGCGGCGGCAGCCGGAGCAGGCAGGACUCCUGCACCGCUCCGGAAGCGAUGUCCGGAAUGAGUACUCCCACUGGCGAACGGAGAAGCUCAUUAAAAUCGCAAGAUCGAAACCACUCAGGCGAGGAGGAUGCAGAAGUCCGCAGCCGACAUCACGUGGUCACCAUCGAGGAUAACGGCGAGGACGAUAAAAAGACCUUUGAAGAAACUAGCAUAUAGGCAAAUACAGAUAGCAAGCCCAAGUGGGUCGUGGGAAAAGCGUCACCUAUAAAACGCUUAUUGAUUCUAGCAUAAAUAGCAGUAUCGAUGCUGGAACCAACAGCCGCCGAACAAACGGACCUCGCUGGUUAACGAUAUCGUUUAACAUUACCGACUACUGACUAAGUUAGCGACCCAGAUCACAGAUGGAAAUACUGAAAGUUCAAGCCGUUGUGUAUGUGUAGACGCCGUAUACGUGUAUAGGAAAAUUCCAUGCCUUGUUUGUAAACAGGUAGUUUAUCGUGAGAAACGUUUCUUAGCAAUAAGGGCUGACCAUCGGAUUAAUUCGUUUUGCAUAUGGGCCAAAAAUGUUUUGUAAAAUCUGAAUGUUAGAGUAGAACCUGCCGACAAUGCAGUUCACUUUAGGAAGUGUGCCUUGAAAGACAAUGUGAUUGAAACGUGACAGCCGAGCUACGCGUCGAUUGCUGCCCGCUAUUAAUGUUUAGCGAUCAACUCAAAUAAACCUGCUGUGUUUAGGCAGCGGCAAACAAAAAUUUCAAUAUGGAUUUUGUAAAUUUUCGCCCAGUCAGUUCUGGAUCAUGCGAAACUAUUUCUAAAAAAUGCCUGCAAAAUUGCAGUGAUCUAAUAAGCCACAAUAGCUAAGUGUUUCUUUGCUAAAUCAAUGGCUUAAGGCCUCAACUAAUGCACAGGGAGAACUUCUACCUGAAGAUCUCUAGAAUCCCUUAGAGACAACGGGGCACGUUGUGGCAGUAAAAUCCUGAUAUCAUCUCUGAUGACACUUAGAGAAAAACGUGAUAGAGUAUCAUAAAAUCAACGUACAAUCGGCAAAAAUGUAUCAGACAAAAUCUUACAUACGCGUAGAACGCUAGUAUUCACCCACUGAUUCUUUUCAUCUCAGCUGAGAUGACGCGAAAUAAUAGAAAAGAAAACGCCACACAGAUAAUCAUGUUUAGAAAAAGCUAGAUUGAAGAAGCAGGGGCGACGGCAGUUCACAAAAAAUGAGAACUAACAGAAACAGUGAACAGAAAGGCCUGUCUACAAAGCCUUUAGAUGAACAAGUGGGCUAUCGAAAAAUGAGUAUUUUCGGGCUAAGCACAUGCGGGUUACGUAUAUGAUGUAGCCUAGGUAUAAAAGAGUUGUCGAUAUAAGUUUACAAUCGGACUGUUCGGAAUUCAGAAUCAUGGUAGUCCAGGAUAUUUUUAACCAGUUGCUAUCCCAGCAACAACGAGAAAGUUGAGCCUACUAAAUGUCUACCAAAUUGUAGGGCCAUCAAAAACGAUCAUCGUUACUAUUCUAGGUAUGCUCUAAUCCCUAUGGCAAGCAAGCCGAGGCCAAAGGUAAUUCACCAGCCUGUAAAAAGUAGCUGGGUAUCGCUAAUUUCUAUUCGAAUAUUGAUCGCGGUCGAAAAUGGCUUGUAGCGUAUAUGAUUAGUUCUCAGGCCUCCAUAGAGGUGACAGAGAGAGGUAAUUACUAGAAACAAUUAUAUAUGCUAAUUUUAUAAAGUGGCUAAGACAAGUAAGCAGCUGAGAUAUAAUGAGGACAAGCCGAAUCGGCAGGAGGCGUUUCUCAGAGCGGACAAGCGGAGAGCCGACGUUUGCCCUGCUCGGAUACAUAUUCAAAGGAGAGAAAAGAGAACAGCUAGACGAUACGCGCUCAUUCUAUCAAUCAGAGCAUAUUAACAUGUCGAGUAGUCACGGUUGAGCAAUAUACUGGGACGUUAGAGAUGAAAAAAUUAUUAUAUACAAUUGCGGCUGAAAACUGCUGAGGGGACAGGCAUUUAGGAAACAGUUGGAAAGAUCGAAACACGCGGUACCUAAACAUGGUAUUAAUACUGAUCAUAUUUAAAAUUGGUUCUAUUGAAAGGUAAAACAAAAAAACAGGCCACUUCCGAAAUCGUAUGCAGUCUGGCCCUAACGAACAAGUAACAGCAAACUAGCUAUUUAUUGAAGCAGAUUUACUAUACAUCUAUAUGCCUAGUCAGAAUAACGAUACAGGGAACAACACAGCUUCGCACGUUGCUUAUAGUACAAGAAAAAAAAAACAUACCCGAAACUAAAGCAGACCACAGAUAUAGAAGAAACGCUAUACUUCAUCAGGAAAUAUAAUAUGACUAAUAAUUUAACGAUGGCUGUCAAAAGACGCUGAACGGAGGGCAAACCUAGGCCGAAUGAAAUGCUUGAACGUCCAUGUUGAAAUCAGACGAACCAUUUACCUAAAAUAGGCCUCAAUAGAUGAGUACGACGAGCAUCUGGAAAACAUAUGUCGAAACAUCGAAAUGUCUAAAAGUAGAAUAUAGAAAGGUAAUUUGCUAUAGAGAUUCGGAAGUAUGUUUUGUUGCAAGGGCUGCCGAGUCAAGAGGAACCGUUGCGGAUCAACUGGUCCAAACGUUUCCUACCCACAAACAAUCAAUUGUAAGUCUGCCAUAAGUCCGACGAUCCAUAUAAGUGACAGAAAACGAGACAACAAGCGGUGGACGGUGGAAAUAGGAUACCUAUUCUUUGAAACGAUCAUUAUCAAUCACAAGUAUAAUUAGGUAUAAACAAAUUGAAACAUAUUAUCACUUCGAGAAAAAAAAAAACAGCCCCGACAAUAAAGUCGUAACGAAUAGAGAGCUACCUUCGUAAAAAUACCGUUCGUAACAAUAACUGCAAUCAGGAGAUGAUAAGAUUUUUAAGAUGAUAAGAAGAGAUGAUAAGAAGAUCUUAAGAUGAUAAGAUAUUUACAUGUUGUUGAAGCUGCUAAUUAUAAGAGAAAGGACACUUCUAAGAAUAGGUAAGGUUUAGAAGAAAAAGAAACCCUUUUUUGUAGUUCUACGAAAAGAGAAACCCCCUCAUGCAUACUCCAAAAAAGUAUAAAUACAGUUAAAAUACCACAUGCGAUAGAAUAUCGAAAUAUAUAAAGAGCGUCAAAUUCAAUUGUGGAGAAUGAAGACAUAGCUAGGAGUCAACGACCUGAUACAAAAAGUGAAUUAUUUAAAUCAGUUUGAAAGAGGUGUGCGAUCAAAAAUCAAGCGAACGAUAUAGUUUAAAAAAGUGUAUACAGACGACGUAUUGUUAGUUUUCAGAGACGUUGUUUAUCUUAUCUGAGGGUAUCUGAAGGAGCAAUAAUACUGGAAACAAUCAGAGCAAACAUCUAAGCUAAGAUCGAUGCAAGCAAAAAAGUGGCAAAAAUUACUAAAUAUAUCAUCGUGUUUGUUUAGGUGGUUUAGACGUUUCUUCUUUUCGUUAUUUUUUUUUGGAUCGUGGCAAAUAUUUUUCUGUCAUCGUCAUCGUCAUGUAUGAAUCAUUUGUGAAAAUUACAAUCGAUCAUAGACAGAUACUAAUGGUAGACUGAGGUCUUCAUCCGAACGAUCCCGUUAUUGUGAUCGCCUGAUACGUGCCAACAAUAAAGACAAAGUAUAUUCCAAUAUGUAUUGA